CCAUAAUGCAAAAUAUUUGUCGAGAGAGAGGCAAAGUUUUCGCAGGUGCGUGUGAAUUUGAUCGUUGGUUUGGAACCAUUAGUUGCUGCUAUUUCGUGAACUAACAUCCCCAUUGUUCGCAAGAAUGCUUAAAACAUUACUUAAUUUUCAUUUACCUAUGGGGAUCUCGAGUUAAAUAAAACUUUUUUUUUUACUAAAAGACUUCCCGCAUCAGGUCAAUAAGACUUUUUACAAAGGAAUAUUUUGUUCUACUGCGGUGCAAAAGCAGAACAGUUUAUAGAAUAUAGAGGCAUGUGUAAGAUGUAAUGGAAUCUAAUUACCUUUCGGUGCAGGUUUUUAUCUUGCGUGCCGGAAAAAGAAGGAAGACAGUUAUGCGAGCCGUAAGGAAUCAAAUGCUCGAUGAUGAACAUCACUUUCAUUAAUUGUGAUACUUUUACAUUUCACUGUAAGGAUUUAAAACAUGGGACAGGGCGCAGCAAAACGGGAGAUUGAUAAAGGAACGCGAUUAUACGGCGAGCAAAAAUUUGACGCUGCAAUCAACGAAUGGAAAAGUGCUUUAAGAAGAAUGACUAAGAAAGAGAAACUGCCUGACAAAUUCAACACUUUAAAUUAUCUAUGCAUGGCUUAUUUUGAUACAGGGAAAUACCGGGAAGUCAUCGCGUGUGCAAACCAGCAACUGGAAAUGCUUAAUUCCAAAACCAUGUGCAAUAACGCCGAUUUUAUGCAGGAAGCAUAUUUCAAUCUUGCUCGAGGAUAUGAAAAGUUAUCAGAAUUCAAGAAAAGCAUUUCAUACGCGAAAGGCUGCAUAGAAAAGGAACAGAACAACGAAAAUGCGAAAGACAUAAUGUCCUUUGCCACCAUUUGUCUUGCCAAGGCCUACCAUGGUCUAAGCGACUUUUAUAACGCCAUCAAUAAUUUUGACUGCGUUCUGAAUAAGACAGAAAAUAAUCCGUCCCUACACAUGAGGUUUCUAGUCUUUGAGAGCCUCGGACAGCUGUUUUCUAAACUGAAGGACUAUGACACGGCGCAUCUGUAUUACGAUAGGUGUCUGGAUAUCAUACUGCAAGACGCUGUCACAUUGGCGAAGUACAAGAGGCGGAUCCAGUGUCAAAUCGCUCUACCGAUGCUUCACAUGGGACGCUUCAAUGACGCAAUGGAGCAAUGUGAGCUGUCGAUGAAGGAUGCCAUGUUGAGAGCCGACCGCCCCGUCCAAGCCCGCUGUCUGUUUACAUUUGCAGAAAUUCACAGGAAGAGGAAGGACUUUGAGAGAUCGUUCCCGCGGUACGAGUCGGCUUACGCCCUCUUUGUAGAAAUGGGGGACCGUCUGAACCAAGUAGAGGUGCUGGGAGGAAUGGCAAAGUGUAUGGCGGCUCUCAAGGAUUUUGAACAGGCAAUAGAAAUCAAUCAUAAAGCAAAUCAACUAGCAGAGGAUAUUGGGAACAAGAUUGGUAUACUGGAUUGUAAUAUAAGACUAGCAGAGUUGUAUAUCUUCACUGGAAACUCGUUCGCCGCUCACCAAUGUGAAGAGAGCUUGUCGCGUCUAACGGCAGAAUUGGAACUCUUUUGUGGGGUGUGUGGGGAGAGUAUGGGCCAAAUUCCAGAGCAUCUAGACAAAUUACAGUGUGGUCAUCUUAUACAUUCAAAGUGUACGCCCCACCUGGCCCGCUACACCUGGGGCAGGAAGGGCCGGAAACGACCAUGUCCCUCCUGUCGGAAUCGCUCGUCCGGAAACCCCGUCCUCUCCCGGUAACCCGCGUAUAUCUGUGUGGCAUACAUGUAUAAAACCGCAACAUAUUUAAUACAAUUGUUUUAUGUUGUAUAAUUAUUUGCUACAUGUUCUUACUUGUAUGUAAUACUUGACAAUAAUUCAUGUGUUUUAUGAUUUGUUUACAUUUUGUUAAUAAAAGAAGAAA